GACAUAGCAGCAGCUAAUAAUACAGAGACGCAUAGAUACAUUAGAUUAUAGAUGGCGGGUGAGAAAGAAAAGGUAUGCGUGACUGGGGCUGGAGGAUUUGCCGCCUCUUGGGUCGUUAACCUUCUUCUCUCAAAGGACUAUGUUGUUCAUGGAACAGUCAGACAGCCAGGGGACAGCAAGUAUGCUCACUUGAACAAGCUUGAGAAAGCAUCAGAGAACUUGAAACUGUUCAAGGCAGAUCUGUUGGACUACGACUCUCUGCGUGCGGCUGUUGAAGGAUGCAGUGGAGUCUUCCAUGUUGCCAGUCCUGUACCAGCUGCUCAUAGUGUUGCAGAUCCUGAGGAGUUUCUUGAACCAGCUGUAACGGGAACGCUUAAUGUACUCAAGGCUUGCGUCGAAGCCAAAGUGAAGAGAGUUGUUGUUGUGUCCUCCAUAGCCGCUGUUGUUAUGAACCCUGACUGGCCUAAGAGUCAAGUCAAGGACGAAACCUGUUGGUCUGUUCCUGAAUAUAUUAAAACGACCAAGAAAUGGUACUAUCUUUCAAAAACAGAAGCAGAAAGACAGGCUUUGGAGUUUGGAAAAAGAAAUGGAAUUGAGGUCGUAACUGUUUGUCCUUCUGUCAUUUUGGGGCCAAUUUUGCAAUCCAAUUUGAAUUCCAGUAGCCUUCUGCUUGUUGGGACUGUAAAAGGUGGGGUUGAGUCAUUGGGAUACAAUUACUGGACGUUCGUGGAUGCUCGUGAUUUCGCUGAAGCACUGCUUCUUGCAUACAACAAGUCUGAGGCCGGAGAGAGAUAUUUAUGCACAUCGCACGCUAUCGGUGCAGAGGAGGUGGUGGAGAAGUACUUGAGGCCUGCAUAUCCUAACUACAGCUAUCCCAAGAUCCUUACCCACACAGAGGAAGAAAAAGAGUACCUCAGUUCGGAAAAAUUGCAGAGGUUGGGUUGGACUUUCCGGCCUGUGGAGGAAACUCUCAUUGAUUCCAUUGAAAGCUACCGGAAGGCUGGAAUUGUGGACUAGAAAAAAUUCACAUGUUUAUUGUAUCUUCCCUAUCAUCAUAUGCACAAUGAAGAUAAUAAUUUCGCUA